AGAGAAAUCUGAAGGAAAAGACCCGCAGCAGAGCCUCUCGCGGCGGCCGAUGUGAGAGGUUUAAAGGCUUCCCAAACUAAACACAAACAUCCUUAAAGCUUUAUUUGACUUCCAUACGUAGACAAACUUCUCCGCUAUCAUUUGAAGUCGUUUUGAUGCUUUAAUAGGUCCUCCAGGUGUGUAUUUUCUACAUUUAUUGGCGAGGAGAAAACACAAAGUGUCUGAGUAUUCCUGCCGCACUGGUGAGCGGCGGGCUGAGUUGAGUCUCCACGGUUCUCAUGGUGUGUUUAAGUUCCUCUCUUGCCGGAGAUUUCUCCAUCAGUCACAUCGGACUAGUCGAGAAUUGAAUCAGCACGAUGGCAGAAGUCGCACCAACCGCCGCCCCGGCUGCCCCAGCCAAAGCACCCAAGAAGAAGGCCGCCAAGCCCGCCAAGAAGAGCGGACCGGGAGCCAGCGAGCUGAUCCUGAAAGCCGUGGCCGCCUCCAAGGAGAAGAAAGGAGUCUCCUACAUCUCCCUGAAGAAGGCGCUGGCCGCUGGAGGCUACGACGUGGAGCACAACGCCGUCCACAUCAAGCGCGCCGUCAAGAGCCUGGUGGGCAAAGGAGCCCUGGUCCAGACCAAGGGAACCGGAGCGUCCGGCUCUUUCAAGGCGAGCAAGACCGCCGAGAAGCCCAAGAAGGUGGUGAAGAAAGUGGUGAAGGCCAAGAAGUCCCCGGUGAAGAAGGCCGCCGCCAAGAAGCCAGCGGCCGCCAAGAAGCCCAAAGCCAAGGCGGCGACCCCCAAGAAGGCCAAGAAACCCGCCGCAGCCAAGGCCGUGAAGAAGGCGACCAAGAGCCCCAAGAAGGUGGUGAAGAAGGCGGCCGCCCCCAAGAAGGCCGCCACCCCGAAGAAAGCAGCCAAGAAGGCGGUUAAGCCCAAAGCCGCUAAGCCCAAAGCCAAGAAGGCAGCAGCAAAGAAACCAGCAAAGAAGUAAACGCAACCUGAUCUUCAUCAACAACGGCUCUUUUAAGAGCCACCCAAAUCACAAAGAGAGCACUUCUCCUGUUCACUGUCUGUGAGGCCGAUUUAUAAACUCAUUAUAACGUGUAAAAUAUAACGUACUUUCACUUAGAAACGUGACGGAAUUAGCUUAAAAUCUGCUGUUUUCAUAGAAAUCAGCGGGAUUUAUAAUCUACCCUGGCAGCCUGUAAGUGAGCAGAGGACACAAAGUACAGACGGUAUAAAGAUUAUACACAUUAUUAAAAUAACUCACAGUUAUAUUAUAGGAUUAUUACACUAUUGGAGAAACUUUACAUCAUUUUAAUUAGAUCAUGGACCAUCUGAUUCAUGUUGCAGUACAUCAGUGGAUUCACUGUCAGU